AUCACGUGAUUUAUUCGACUUUAUAAUUUUAGUCUCUAAUACGGUAUUACCAAAUGUAUAGUUAUAUUAGCGUCGAUGUACUCCUGGAGACAAUAAUACUAUUGGAGCCAAAGUUAUUGGUUAUAAAUGACUUGAUAUUGGGUUACAAAUAUAAGUGAUUUAAGUUAUUUUAAUGGACCCCAUAGUCAUUGAUUGCCAGGUAUUGAUUGGUAUGUGUAAUGCAAAAAUGACCUUGGUCGUUUUGUUAAUACUAUUCAUACUGUAGUAGAUAGUAGUACAUGAAUACCACCAGUUUUUCAAAUUUAAAUCAAUGUUAAUGUCAAUCGGAGAUCAUUAUUAAAAAAACUAAACUUACUAUUUACUAGUAAAAUGAAAGUGUUAGUAAAUUAACCAAUGUCAUUUGGCAUGUUAUAUAUAUAAUUUUGUGCACUUAAUAUCUGUGUACAGGUGCUUAUUACAAGUGCUACAAGUGUUUAUAGUUUCGUAUCUACAGUACUAAUGCUGUAUAAUAUCAUAUGUAUUGAACGGAUACGAUUGGUUGUGCCAAUACAUUGAUUCAAUUGAACACAGUUUUCAAUAAACUCUAACAUACUAUACAAACAUGUACUGUAUAUACGGUAUGAAUUGUAUUGAAUGCCUACUACACCAGUGCUUUUAAUAUCCAAUCAUUUGUUUUCAAAUAUAUUAAUUAAUUUAAAGUGAAUUUUUAAUUAUUGUAUAAACUUCAAUACAUAUGUUAUAUAAGCUAUCAUAUGUAUGGUGAUGUCCCGGUGCUUACGUUAUAAAUAUCUGAUGAAAAUAAGAUUACAAAUUGCAUUAAUUGUAAUUAUAUAAUUUUUUUAUUUAUUAUUAUAAAAACACUAUAUAUAUAUGAUAUCCGAGUUUAUAUUAAGUGAAGUCACCCUCCAAAGUGGUAGUGAUCGGUAUUAACCAUAUAUAAGUGGUAUUUGAGUAAAACCUUGAUUUUUGUCACUUUGCUAUCGACUCUGACAAACUAUAUUCAUCACUUGAAAAAUGGACUGUUCAUCAAAUAACAUGAGCGAUUCUGUACAAACCAAUGGUAUUGACAGUAACUUCAAUAUGGAUUUGAGUGCCAGCGCGUCACGAGUCAUACCCAAGGGUGGUAUGUUGUAUGGCGAGUACCUCCACGUGGAUAGACUGUUGUCAUGUCAGGAACCGGUAACAGCACAGACCAACAAUGAGGUACACGACGAGCAUCUCUUCAUAAUUACACACCAGGCCUACGAGUUAUGGUUCAAACAAAUCAUUCAUGAGAUUGAUUCCGUACGACUUAUUAUGAACCGACGGGACGUGGAUGAGGCAAAUAUGCUUAUCAUCACAUCCCGACUCAAUCGGGUUGUACUCAUACUUAAGCUUCUGGUAGAUCAGGUGACAAUACUAGAGACUAUGACACCAUUAGAUUUCAUGGAGUUUCGUAAUUUUUUGUCGCCGGCUUCGGGUUUCCAAAGCGUCCAAUUCAGGCUUAUUGAAAACAAAUUGGGCGUUAAGAAUGAAUUGCGAACCAAUUACGGCAAAUCUCAUUAUCUCAAGAUCUUCGAGAACCCAAAAGUCAUUGAUUUAAUCCGACUCUCAGAACAGGAGCCCUCUCUGUGUGAACUUCUCCAACAGUGGCUCGAGAGGACACCGGGACUCGAGAAAAAUGAGUUCAACUUCUGGGAAAAAUAUAAGACUGUUGUAAUGGAACUUCUGGAGAGAAACCGGACGGAAGCAGACAAGGAAACUGAUGAACAACAGAAAACUUUGCUAUUGGAUGACUGGAAACGAAAAUCUGAAUUAUUUGACUCUAUAUUUGAUGUCAAUAAACAUAAUGCUUUGAUGGCCAGAGGCGACCGUCGGUUCACACAUAAAGCACUUCAGGGGGCACUCAUGGUCUCACUCUAUCGGGACGAACCCCGAUUCAACCAACCCUUUCACAUACUUAUGCUUCUCAUGGAUAUUGACUCUCUUAUAACUAAAUGGCGGUACAAUCACGUAGAAAUGGUGCUCCGCAUGAUCGGUGCCCACCAGUUCGGCACCGGUGGUUCAUCCGGUUAUCAUUACCUGCGCUCAACACUAAGUGAUCGGUACAAAGUGUUUGUCGAUUUGUUUAAUUUGUCCACUUUUCUGAUUCCCCGAAAUUGUAUCCCUCCGUUGACACCGCGUAUGAAAAAACGACUGUCCGUUAUGGAGGACAUCGGAGAGAAUAUGAAUGACUCGGAACAGAUCGUCGAUUGAUACCAUUGUCGAUGUGUCUAUCAAUUGGUGUUAUUACUUCUUGAAACAAAUUUUGACUAUAAAACUAUGCUUUUUAAGCAUUAAUAUUUUAAAAACAAUUUUUUAAUAAUGGAUAAUUUAUUUUAAAGUUUUAUUUUACUAUUUAUAAGAUUUUUUUUAU